CGAAUCGGAGAAAUCCAGAUAAUAAUACUAUUACAUAGAGACAGUUUUAGUAAUAAAAAGUUUCCAAAUCUCAUCUCUUUUUCUCUCUCUAUCUCUCUGUCGGCUCAAGAACCCUAAACAUCUCCAGAAAACCAAAAGAUCCUCCUCCUCUUCAACCUACCCCAUUCUCGAUCUGAGUCUUCUCGGGUGUUUUUUUUAAAUUUGUUUCCUUGGUAUGGUUUAGACUUUUGUGAUUUAAAUGGAAGCUGACGUGUCAAUUUCCUAAACACCCUUAUCGCCAAAAUUUCCCAGAAACUAAACAGAACGAAACAAUCGAAACUUUGGUCUUUGUUCGUCGAUUUGUUGAAGGAGCACGGUAGGGACGAUGAAUCGUGCUUUGGUCCUACUUUUACACGUUUUCACUGUUUCUUCUUUAGCUUCUGCCAAAGUUAUUCUCAUGAGGAACAACAUCACUCUCUCUUUUGAUGACAUCGAAGCUAAUUUCGCUCCGUCAGUGAAGGGUACAGGUGAAAUCGGAGUGGUUUAUGUAGCUGAGCCUCUUGAUGCAUGUCAGAAUCUGAUGAAUAAACCAGAACAGAGCUCUAAUGGAACUUCCCCUUUUGUGUUGAUUGUAAGAGGAGGCUGUAGUUUUGAAGAUAAAGUGAGGAAAGCUCAGAGAGCUGGUUUUAAAGCUGCCAUUAUCUAUGACAGUGAAGACCGCGGAACCUUGAUAGCAAUGGCAGGUAACUCAGGCGGUAUAAAGAUUCAUGCGGUUUUCGUUACAAAAGAAACGGGAGAAGCGUUGAAGGAGUCUGCGGGGUUUCCCGAUACGAAAGUUUGGUUGAUUCCAAGUUUUGAGAACUCGGCCUGGUCAAUCAUGGCGGUUUCAUUCAUUUCAUUGCUGGCAAUGUCGGCUGUUCUCGCUACUUGUUUCUUUGUCCGUAGGCAUCGGAUUAGAAGGCGGACAGCAUCUCGGUCCUCUCGAGUCCGUGAGUUCCACGGGAUGAGCCGCCGCUUGGUGAAAGCAAUGCCGACUCUUAUAUUCAGUUCGUUUCAUGAAGACAACACUACUGCAUUCACUUGUGCUAUAUGCCUGGAAGACUACAAUGUCGGAGACAAGCUCAGGCUCCUGCCUUGCUGCCACAAGUUUCAUGCUGAGUGUGUUGACUCGUGGCUAACCUCUUGGAGAACUUUCUGCCCGGUGUGCAAACGAGAUGCAAGAACGAGCACGGGCGAGCCUCCGGCUUCAGAGAGCACGCCAUUGCUCUCAUCCGCUGCAUCGUCUUUCAACUCCUCCUCUCUGCAUUCAUCAGUCAGAUCAUCCGCACUACUGAUUGGUCCAUCCAUAGGCUCAUUACCCUCUUUCUCUCCCGCAUACGCAAGCUCAUCAUAUAUCAGACAAUCGUUCCAGUCUUCCUCUAACCGCCGGUCUCCUCCAAUAAGCGUAAGUCGCAGCUCUGUUGAUCUCAGGCAACAAGGAGCUUCUCCAUCUCCAUCACCUUCACAGAGAUCAUACAUUUCUCAUAUGGCUUCUCCACAAUCACUGGGUUACCCGACAAUUUCCCCAUUCAACACGAGAUACAUGUCAUCGUACAGGCCUAGCCCGAGUAAUGCGUCACCUGCAUUGGCCGGUUCAUCGAAUUAUCAAUUCCAUCCGCUACGUUACAGUGAAUCAGCCGGAACUUUCUCUCCAUACACCUCUGCAAACUCGCUUCCUGACUGCUAAAUAACCAAACGGUCUUGGUUCAGGUCAUAUAAGAUUAUUUUCUUUUGCAUUUGAGUUUUUACUACGAAACGUACGAGUGCUGUUUGUGUGUGUAACGGUGCAUUAUAUAGUCUUUUGGUUGAGAUGAACAUCUUUCGGGUUUAGGUUAGAGAUUUUAAUACUUCCACAAUACACAAACUCGGUUCCUUUGUAGAAAUAUGAGCUUAUGUAUAUAUACGUUUCUCUUCUUGUUGCUGUUCCACAGUAUACAAACUCGGUUUUGUAUGUCA